AACAAAGAUGGUGGAAGAGCUGUGUACUGAAAGGUCUUUUGGAUCAUGACCUAAAGUUGGUUUUUAUCAUGGCAUGACAGCACUUUUCUUCUUCUCCGAUUCAAUACCGAUGGCUCACAUUGAUAUCCAUUUGAUAUUCUUUUCUUUAAAAACUUCCAAGCUUUAAACUUUCACACAAAAAUCACUUGCAUUGUAAAUUUAAGAAAGUAUAGAGUGUUUAAUAUAAUGAAAUCAAUCGUAACAAAAGAUAGAACAAUUGAGUGUCUAUAAAUGUAAACCUUUCUAGUUCUAAAAAUUCAUUUCUUUUCCAAAUCCAAUUCCAAUCUUUAACAUUUGAUCCAGGAUCCUAUAUCUGACAUGUUUUCUCUGAUAAACAAUCCACGUUUUUUUUUUUUUUUUUGCUGCUAUCGGCCCGAUAUAGAUACUGGGUAUCAGAUUGGUGCCAUCUCUAUUUUAUUAUUUUCAUCAAAGUACCAUCUUUAGGGAACAAAAAAGAUUAUUCUAAGGCAUUGCUUUAAAAAUAAUUACUGCUAUCUUAAUGUUUUAUAUCAGCAUUUUAAAUAAAUAGCUUUUCAUAGCCCAAAAUAUAUUAAUUAAACAACAAAAAUCAGAAUGUUUAGAAUCUAGUUAUUACUUACAGCCAUAUUUAUAAAGGAAUUCUUUCAAACUAACCUAGAGAUGGACAAAGAUGUCUUUUAAAAACAUAAAAACUCUGGUGUUUAAAAUAUAUACAAUAGCCAUUAAAAAACUAGCUUAAACAUUAAAAUAAUAACAAUAUAGUACUUCAUACUAAUAGUACUUUAUACAAAAUUGUAAUUUAUAUGAAUAGCAGUUUUUUUGUUUGUUUUUUUUUUUUACAAAAUUUUGUACUAAUAGUAAUUUAUGCAGUAUAGUACUUUUAUACAACUUUGUUACUAUUAUGUUAGUGCUAUUAAUAUCCUUACCUCCGUCAUAAUAUAUCUAAAAUCUAAUGCUACAUUGUUUGAGAAUAUUAGCAUAUCUAUAUGUUUAGGUGUGAAACAUUUAAUAUCCUGUGCUGAGGUGGACAUCUUUCGGUUCGUUGUAGAAGAUGCUGACAAUAGCUGCUUGUAUCCUAAAUUUCUCUCUGGUUCUGCAUCACAUGCUGCAUUUAAAAAAAACAACAACAACCCUGAUUCUACACAGUAAUAUCCAUCCAUCUAUCCAUCCAUCCAUUUUCUGUACUGCUUAUUCUACACAAGGUCAUGGGGGAGCAUGGAGCCUAUCCCAGGGAACUCGGGGCACAAGGCAGGGGGCAGCCUGGAUGGAGUGCCAACUCGUCGCAGGGCACAAUCACACACCCAUUCACACACUACAGACAAUUUAGAGAUGCCAAUGUCUUUGGACUGGGUGAGGAAACCGGAAUACCGAGAGGAAGCCCUCAAAGGACGGGGAGAGCAUGCAAACCCACACAGUGCAGAGGCAGGAUUCAAACUCCCAACCCCAUCAUACAACAUUGCAAAUGCAUUAUUUGAAAUUCCAAGUACUAUAUAUUAAAGAAUGCUAUAAUGAGUUUGGCAAUAAAUGUCCUGUGCAUAACCAAACUGAAUAGAGCCUGUCUAUGAUCAGGUCUAGAGAUUAAACCGGCAUAAACACAGAGGCCAGCUGAAAUCUGGAGCAUACAGACAUUCUAGACUAAAAUAAAUGAUUUAAUAGUCUAGAGCGUGGACAGAGAGUGGGGUAAAUAGGCAGUGAUGAUAGGAGAGAACAAAAACAGAGAAGCCCUGCCCCUGCUUAAGUGUAGGAGUGUGCUUCAAACGUCUGCUUGUUCGCCCCACGCCUGUCAAGUUCAAGAGUCAAAGAAUAAAGUUGAAAAUAUCUCUCUUCAGCUCCUCUCAUCUGGAGCACCACAUGAGCAAUGAAGGAGUGCAGUUAUUGACUUUAACACCAACUGAAGAGUGACUUUGCACUUCAACUGACCUGGAAGGUGAGAAGAGAGCCUGGGGUCCCUGAGAGACAUGGCAUGAAGAAUGGAAUGCUGGGGCUAUCAGGCAACAUUCCAAUACUAUGGUAACUGGGAUUUGGUGGUCAUGGGAGUUUUGGAGACACUGGAAAGAAGUUGGUUAAAUGGCACAAAGAAAUUCCCAGGUUUCGGGAGAAGGUAUCUACAAUAGCAGAAAGGGACUGAAUGGUACAGGAACAGGCUUUAUGGUGAGUAACCAGAGAAUAACCUGGAAAUGAGGUUUUUGAUCUUCUUCCAUUAUUAUUAUUAUGACUGUUGAGAUGAGGUAUGAGGCACAGCUGAGGCAUUCUUUAGGAUUUCUUAUUUAUUUAUUUUACAUAUCAUUGUGCAAAAUGGGUUUUCUACUCCUAUAUAUUAUUUAAUAACAUUUAAUAACCGCCAUUGAAUAAGUGUAUUUUUCUUUCUUUCCUCAUGGAAAAAAACCUGAAUCUCGCAGGUGGUCAUUGUAAUGAAAGAGAGAGUCGAGUAGAAACAGAGGUCGUUCAGGCAGUGUUGGUGGUCGGGUUGCAGUGUGGCUCACAGACUUUAUGGGGCAGUCGAGUCGAUCAGCAGGAGGAUGUAGAGCGGGUAGCAGAGCUGCUUGCACAGAAACCUGACAUUAAAGUGGGCAUUAAAGAGUCUCGUUUCGUAACAGAAUGCCGCGCCUGAGCAGGGAAGUAGCAGGAGAGCACCUGGUCGGAAGGCGCUCGGACUACUCGCCGCAGUACAAGUCCGUGCAGUGUCCACAGAGGAUGGCCGCUGAACUCCCGCUGGAAACGUAUGGGUGGGGAUCCCACCCGCUGCUGUUCCUGUUUCACAGCCAGGUAUACUUUGCAAGCCUGGCGGCCCAGUGGCUGGGCUUCCUAGUAUCCCGGUUUUAUGGCCCGGCCUGGGAUUGGGCAGAGCAGCUGGCCCGUUCAGGGUCCAGUGCCCUCUAUGACGUCACCCAGUUCUCAGAACUUUUUCUGAAGGAGUUAUUGCAGCCGGGGCAAUCAAACAGCCUGGAUGUACUGGAGAGGGGAAUCGAAGUAAUGGACAGGGAGGACUGGCCAUUCCACCUCCAUUAUACAUGGCUGGACCGGAUAGAAGCAGCAGCAUCGCUUCAGGUUCCGGUCGACGCUGUGGAGCUCCAGCCCGAGGUUAACAUAGCAACUUCUGGGCUCCCGUCUGAGGUCAACAUGGCGGCCUCAGAUCUCCAGCUUGAGACCUACGGGGAGGUCUCAGCUGUGGAGCUCCAGCCCGAGGUUAACAGGGCAACCUCUGGGCCCCCGUUGGAGGUCAACCCGGUGACCUCGGAGCUCCGGCCGGAGGCCUACGGCGAGGUCUCUGCUGUGGAGCUCCCCCUGGAGGUCAACCCGGCCGAGGAGGCUGUCCAGCCGGCGACCUCGGAGCUCCAGCCGGAGACCUACGGGGAGGUCUCAUCUGCCGAGGAGGCUGUCCCGCUGCCCGGCCCAGCCGAGGAUUCUGUCCCGCUGCCCUGCCCAGCCGAGGAAGCUGUCACGCUUUCCUGCCCCGCAGAGGAUGUCCCUCUGCCUUCCUGCACCGCUGAGUACACCGUUCUGUUUACCUGGGCUGAGGAGGACGUCUCUCUGCUUUCCUGCUUCGCAGAGGAAGUCAACUAGCCUUCCAGUCCCUCCAAGUUCCAGUCCAGGUCCAGUCCCUCCAAGUUCCAGCCCCGCUGGGGACUCUGCCCAGCGUUCCAGCCCUGCUGUGGGCGGCGCCCAGCGUUCCAGCCCCGUCGUGGCAGCGAGUGGCAGCUUUCACGGUGGCCCCGGACCCCCAUUGGAGGGGGGUUUUUUGGCGCUCCGGGAGCAGCGCCUUUGGAUGGGGGUUCUGUUACGCCACCGCUGGCAGAUGGCACUGCGGCACGGUUGCUAUGCGGCUCACGUGACUUUGUUUUCAUUCGCUUCCUGCCCGAGUUCUAGUUUCUGUUUGAGGAUGUCCUUGAUUUAACCCAGGUGUCUUUGGUUUAGAUUAAUCAUGUUAGUUAUUUAAACCCCUCGUGUUGCUGUGCACGGGGCGCGGCAUUAUCCUGAACUAAACUGAAUCAACCCACACGAAUCGGGACUGGACUAAGAGAGACAAAGCUAAAGAGUUGCAGCAAAACAACACCAAGCCAAGCAAGUUGAGUGUUCAUGCCAUGCUAUAGUUGAGUGUUCAUGCCAUGCCAUAGUUAGGAGUGUUCAUGCCAUGCCUAAGUUAGGUGAGUGUCUCCUACCAUAGUUUAAGGAGGGUUUAUGUCUUAGAUUAAAGAACAUUCAUGUCUUAGUUUAAGGAGUGUUCAAGCUUUAGUUCAAUUAGUGUUUCCGUUCCAUGUCCUCUGUUUAAGCAUCAAAUAAAGACUUCCCUCCUGCGCUUACUUCCUGUCCAAGUCUCGUUUCGUAACAGCAGCAGUGUAAUAUGAUGAUUUAAUAUGGUAAGCUCCCCAGUAUGGUUUUCUUUCUUCAUUUUAACACAUUUAAACUGUGUUGUAAUAAACACUUAAUUUCUAAAAGUCUUUCUUUCUUUCUUCCUAGCUUUCCUAGAUUUUUUUUUUUUUGCACUUUUUUUCCUUCUUGCAUAAACUAAAUAAUAAGAAUCUGAAUUUUACUGGCGGUUUAGUGUUUCGUGAGCUCAGGGUUUUUCCCACAGUGCUAUAGGUAAAUUUGUCAGUGAAAAUGCACGGCCCAGUGCUAAGCAGCUGCGUGAAUAUAACACUAUACCAACAUGCACCAUCAACUGUCCAGAUGUCCUGGAAUUUGAUCCUGGACUCUGUACACACAGCUGAGCCGCAGCCCUCCGAGCUGUGUAAAGCUUUCUAAGUUUCUCACUUAUUUCCAAACUUUCCUUUGAUAUAAACUGAAUUAUAUAUCCCAUGUGUGCAUGUGCAUUGUAUGUGGAGAUCUUGAAAUUCCAGACAUGAAUUAUCACUUUGCCUCUCAUCCAGAAUAAGAACUUAAUCUAAACGGUCUCUCUUCUUGCCGUAUCAUCACUUGGGUCAUACCUACCCCAGCUACAGUGAGAGAAAUGGAGAAGGGGGUGGCAGUGCCUGGUACUGAAGCUGAAUGUGGGUGACCUCAUUCAAGUCCAGUGUUAAUAAUCCUGUGUUUGCUAAAUAAAGCAGUUUGAUGUAUAAUCAUACACCGUUUUAGAUUGUUGAGACUAUUACUGCAGAAAUGCGCUCCUCUGUGUCUCAGAGUGUUUAAUGUUAUUUCACGCUGCUAAGUGUGUGUGUGCUUUUUACAGUGCCGUGAUAGUUGGAGCACAGACCAGACUGUAAACAUUUCAGAGUCCUGCACUCACAUGUCAAAACACACAACAGAGCCUCUGUAGGUGAGCCAAUAACCUUCUAUUGAGUGAAUAGACACUAGGGAGCUUUUCUCUGAUGUAGAAGUAUGACCAGAACACAUGUAAAGAUAUGUUGCUCUACAGUACAAUAUAUUAUGGAAUUUCUUUACGGGUAUUCUGUAUAUUUUACACAAGCACUCAUUAGGAAUAGUCUUAUUUUUCUGUGACUGUUGAACACCCUUCAUUUUGGGCAAUUACUCUAAUUGUAGAGUGGGAUGCAAGUAGCUGCUGACCUUUAAAAUGUUCCAGAAUUUUCCUGCUUGGAUUUAAGUUUAUAGAAUUUUCUAUAGAAAAGGACUAUAGAACACAAAAUAAAAAUACAUAAUCCUUAAAAUUACAACUAUAACACCUAUCUAUUUGUACUUAAAUAGUUACUUUUUAGGUUUUAG